GGGAACCGGAGUCCCCGAAGAGAGUAGCACCGUAGCAGAGACAAUUUCUCUCUCUCUCGAACUUUCAUUUUAAAUGUUAGCAUCCGACACGUUGCUGGUAUAUAUUCAUAUCAACACGAUACUUUUCGCAACACGUGUUAUCGAACUGCCCUCCUCUUCCUUCUUGUUAUAGUCCCCGGCACUAUUUUAACAAUACCUCCUACUCUCAGCGCGAGAAAAAAGCUUCGCUAGUAUCUAGAGAGAGAAUAUUGCAUGUAUAGAGAGAAAGAGAGAGUUGAUCAUCGGAGAAAGAAGUCCUUCACCGGCAAUCAGUAAUCGGAAUCGCAAGGUACCGGCGUAAUGGUGGCUGAAAGUUCGCCGGGACGGCUUCCCGCCGGCUGGACGCUGCAAGUCCAUAUCAAGAAUGGUCGCAGAGUUACGUGUUACUCCAAUGUGGAAACUGGGCAGAAGUUCUAUUCCGAGAAUGAUGUCAUUCGCUAUGUUAAAAUGGGAAAUGUUUGCACACCUAAAGCAAUAUGUAAGAAGAACCAGAGACGCUCGGAAAAGAAACCUACGCCAGGUUACUCCAAUGUGGAAACGGAGCAGAAGUUCUAUUCCAAGAAUGACGUCAUUCACAAUGUUAAAAUGGGAAAUGUGUGCACACCUAAACCAGUAUCUAAGCAGAACAAGAGACGCUCAGAAAAGAAACCUACGCCACUUGCAGUGAAAACAAAUGGCUUUCCUGAAUGGUUACCCAAUGGUUGGAUCAUGGAGGUGAAGACUCGAGAGAGAGGUUCGCGAAUUGGAACGAAGUACAAGUGUUUCAUUGAUCCUGUAACUAAAUGCAAAUUCUAUUCCAAGCCAGCGGUGUACCAAUAUCUCAAAACUAUAAAGUGCAGCAGUGGCGCAUCCGAACAGAAGGAAAUAGACGUUCACUCUGCUAGCAAUCAUUACAUAGAUCAGUCUGCUGGAGGUAAAUCAUCUUUGAAUGCAAAGGGGUCCCAAAAUCUCAAAUCUGUUACGGGUGAGAGUUGUGCAUCCGAAGAGAAUAAAAUUGUCGUUGAGAGGGUUACAGUUGACGGAUUACCACCAGGGUGGAUAAAAGAAAUCAAAAUUCAAAAGAAGGCAAAUGGGAUCAGAAAAGACCCGUAUUACACAGAUCCUGUGAGCGGAUAUAUAUUCCGCUCCAAACCAGAUGUUUUGCGCUUUCUGGAAACUGGGGACAUUAGUACUUGUGCAAUAAAACCAAGGAAAAGAGCCAUCAAUGAUCUGGAGUUAUUAAAUGACAAGAUCUCGCAUUGCAUUGAUCAGUCUGCUGGAGGCGAAUCAUCUUUGAAUGUAGAGGUGUCCCAAAAUCUAAAAUCUCCAACAGGCAAGAGUCAUGCAUCCAAAAAGAAGAAAAUUGUGGUUGAGAGAGUUACAGCUGACGGAUUACCACCAGGGUGGAUAAAAGAAUUCAAAAUUCAAAAGAAGGCAAAUGGGAUCAGAAGAGACCCGUUUUACACAGAUCCUGUAAGCGGAUAUAUAUUCCGCUCCAAACCGGAUGUUUUGCGCUUUCUGAAAACUGGAGACAUCAGUACUUGUGCAAUCAAACCAAGGAAAAGUGCCAUCAAUGAUCUGGAGUUAUUAAAUGACAAUAUCUCGUCUCAAUCGGCAAGUAAUGGGCAGAAGGAUACAACCAGAAGAAGACUUUUUUCAGGUAAAGGAAGUGGUGAUAUGAGCAACUCAGUAGAUCCAGAUACUGAGGGCUCAAACAAAAUGCAAGGCAAGAGUGGUUAUGCUUAUUCUAUGGCUACCUCAAGUCUUACGCAGGAGAUUCUUGAAGAAAAACAAUUACAUGAUGAUGUGAUUGAGAAGACUGCUGAAAGUAAGGAAAGCUCUGUUCCAAGCAGCUCAGCACUGCCACAAACCAAAGGCUCGAAUAGAAACCAUGGCAAGAGGCCUUUUGCUGAAAAUGGGCCUGCUUCUACCCCUGCUACUGACAUCCUACAAGAGGUGAAAUUACCACAGAAUGGGAUGGAAAAACUCAGCAAGAGGAAAAAUCAGAUUGACAUAAGCAGACGCAAGAGGAAAAUUGCACUUAACUCGUCUUGUCGGUCUUCGAAACGUCUUGCAGGGCUGAAACCCUACCAGGCGCCUGAUUUGGGGUUAGGCGAACCAGUUUUUCAAGCUGUUGGUAGCGACUCUAAAAUAAGUAAAGUUGAUCCAUCAUUGGUUUCAGCCUUGGAUGGUUUGGCCAUUAGCAUGCCCCAGCAGCUUGAGGCUGAGCUACGGACGAAAAUUUCACAUCAUGCUUCCAUAGGCACAGAAGCUCCAUCAAAUAUAGAGCCAUCUAACAAGAAUGAGAAGCCUCUAGAAGGUCAAGCUGCUCUAGAACAGCAACCAGGAAGGCAAGAAGCUGAUAAGAAAUAUGAUCUGGACCUAGAAUCAGAACUCUUCUCCACUUUUGGGAAUUCUUGGCCAGAUCCGUGCCUAGAAUUUGCAUUCAAGACUCUUACAGGGGAAAUACCUAUCGAGGAUAAUCUGACAAUUCAAGGUUAUUUCGACCAAGAAAUUAACGCUUCUCCUACUCAGGGUGCUGAUUGCUCAAGACUGCCAGACUUUAGCUCACCCGGUUCUUUCCAAAACGAUUUUUCAUCCUAUAUUGAUGCACUGGAUAAACCUAGGCGCGUUCAGCAGUUACCAGUGGAUAAUACACUCCUAACUCAUGGAAAUGUCAGUUUACCAAGUUGCAGUAAUCUUGGUCCUCAGCUACCAACCUUGGAGGCAAACAAGUAAAUAUCAAGCAAGAUAAACUAGUAAAAGGAGAAAUGCCUAGCUUUUUGCACCAAAAGUUCGGUACCUGAGGCUGAAGGUCAGUUUUUGGAUAGGAAUGCUUGUUUUGAACACUAGGUUAUGUAGGAUUAAACUCAACCUAUAUGAAUAUAUUUUUUGGACCAGUGCCUUUGUUAUGCUAGCUAUUUCCGUCUCCUGUGAAUAGUUGUUGAACUAUGAUAAUGUCAAGACCUUGAAGCCUUUUUGUUUA